AUGACUACAAAUAUAGGCCAAAUAUCAAACCCCUCAAUUCUUAUAAAACCCUCAAAGAAACUAAAAGACUACCUAUCGAAAAUUAAAUCUCCUGAUGCACCAAAAGGGCUUAAACAAUUCACCUUCAAAAACCAAACAAAAGAAGAACCCAUUAAACCAACCAAAAUAAAACAUUUUAUCACCGAUGAAGAUCUAAACUUCAUAGAAAACCUAAAUCUAAACUCCAAAGCCGAAUCAGUCGCCCUGAAGCCUUCAACAAACACAUCAACGGAAGAAAACGAGAAACUUUUAACCCUGCAAGAUUUGUACUGGUUGCACGAUUAUCUACAAAAACAAAACAAAGAAAAUAAGGUUUAUUUACACGAACUAUUCGGGGAUUCCGAAAUUAUUCUGCCCAAAAACGUCGAAAUACCUCGCAGCGAAGAACUGGAGAGGAGAUGCCAACGACUUAAAGCUGCCCAACAGAAUCGGGACUACACCAAUAUGACCAAAAAUGUCGACAAUAGAAGAAAGGAGUUGCCUGAGGACACCAUUUCAUAUCAAUUGAAGCAAAUGAAUCGACACCUGAUAGCAAUAGCUCAAUUUAUUUUUUCCGUAUUGGCUGGCUUUGCAUUUGGGUUCAUUGGUGUUGAAUUGCUGAUAGGAAAUUUGGACUUUGGUUUUCGUCUAUUAUUGGGAAUAAUAUGCUCCCUAGUUAUAGCUCUAGCAGAGCUAUACUUUUUGGCUAAAAAACUAAAUGAGGAUUUGAAUUUUGAAGAGCAGGCCAGAAAACCAAAGGAUCAGAAAAUUGAUUGA